GGAAUCUCAUGAAACAUGACCAGUCACCAGCAUCUCUGCUCUGGAGUGUUAGAGCUAAUAAUAGAAGUGAAAAACCUGUUCUUUUUGAGCUAAAUAAAGGCAGACAAGACAAGACAAGACAGAGACUCAGCUCCUACACGCGCAGCAAGUACCGGAGGUCCCGUAAUUGCCCUUCAUUUUUGGCCUCAGCUUUAGCCAGAGCAACUUCAGAUGAAGUUCUUCAGAGCGACCUCUCGGCACAUUUCUUACCAAAGCACGUGGACAACGCGGACGGGAUCAUCCAGAUCGAGACGGUGAAGUUGGCACGCUUAGUUUAUAGCAAACUGCACGAGAUCUGCAGCAACUGGGUGAAGGACUUUCCCCUCCAGCCCAAGCCUCACCGCUACUACGAGACGUCCAUCCAUGCCAUCAAGAACAUGCGCAGGAAGAUGGAAGACAAGCACGUCUGCAUCCCUGACUUCAACAUGCUCUUCAACCUCGAGGACCAAGAAGAACAAGCUUAUUUCGCAGUGUUUGACGGUCAUGGGGGAGUGGACGCUGCCAUCUAUGCCUCCAUCCAUCUCCACGUGAACAUGGUCCAUCAGGAGAUGUUUCAGCAAGACCCAGCCGAGGCUCUGUGCCGAGCCUUCCGCGUGACCGACGAGCGCUUCGUCCAGAAGGCAGCCAGGGAGAGCCUGCGCUGCGGAACCACUGGGGUGGUGACUUUCAUCCGAGGGAAUAUGCUGCACGUGGCUUGGCUCGGGGACUCCCAGGUGAUGCUUGUGAGGAGAGGCCAAGCUGUGGAGCUGAUGAAACCCCACAAACCAGAUCGAGAGGACGAGAAGAAACGCAUCGAGGCCCUGGGUGGCUGCGUGGUCUGGUUUGGAGCCUGGAGGGUGAAUGGGAGCCUGUCUGUCUCCAGAGCUAUUGGGGAUGCUGAGCACAAGCCAUAUAUCUGUGGGGACGCAGACUCUGCCUCCACCCUCCUGGAUGGCUCUGAAGACUACCUCAUUCUAGCCUGUGAUGGCUUCUAUGACACAGUCAACCCCGAUGAGGCAGUCAAAGUGGUGGCUGACCAUCUAAAGGAGAAUAACGGUGACAGCAGCAUGGUAGCACAUAAAUUAGUGGCAUCUGCUCGGGAUGCAGGUUCCAGCGACAACAUUACUGUCAUUGUGGUAUUUCUCAGGGACAUGAACGCAGCAGUCGCUGUCAGCGAGGAGUCAGACUGGACAGAGAACUCUUUUCAAGGUGGGCAAGAAGACAAUGGGGAAGACAAGGAGAACCAUGGAGACUGCAAACGGCCAUGGCCCCAGCACCAGUGCUCAGCACCUGCAGAUUUAGGGUAUGAAGGACGAGUGGAUUCCUUCACCGACAGAACUAGCUUAAGCAUAGGGUCCAGCAUUAACCUGUUUGAUGAUCAAGGCUAUUUAGACCUGACUAAACCAGAAACUAGUACACCUCAGAGUGCCAAAUGUCUGCCACCGGUCCGAGCAUUUAGUCCUGGCAUACCAAAGAGUGCGGAUUUGAGCAGCAGUUUCCCAGUGAAGAGCGAAUCCCCAGAGCUCCCCACGUCCUCGCUCUGCAGCCAGAGCCACCCCAGGGAGGACAACACUCCUCUGAGCUCGGGUGCUGCAGGGCAGGGCAUCUACAGGGUGAAGGGUUUAUCCCCCAUCUCCUUUGGGCUGGAAGACGAACUGUUCCAAUCCUUGGGAAAACGAGCUGCGUUCCUUCACCUCCGGCUGUGCAGCGCGAAGAGGCGGCGAGGAGCCAGGCUCAAACCAAAGUUUCACACUCUGCUCUUGGCUCAGGAGCAUUCCCACCUGGAAGGAUGCAGCCUGGCCCUGCCCGUGCAGGGCCGUGGGGGCAGGAGGCUGUCGCUCCGGCCCUCGCCCUGCCGCAGGUUGGCUAGUCGUAACGCUUCCAGUGAGAGCACGUUUUUGCUGCGAAGACAAAGCAAUUGUAUACCAGACCCAUCCCUUCAUCAACGCUGUAAAAUGUAA